AAUGGCUGGCCUCACACUCCAGUACAAUAGGUGGCGGUGUAUACGAUCCGCCAACCCAAUCUCAAAGAAGAAGAACAACAACUUGUUUGCUGUAGGCCGCCGUAGAUCAUCCAAACACGCUUGCUGCUAAGGAAGGAACAAAUGGUUUUUGAGAAGAAGUCUUCGGCCCGUGUUGCAGAGGCAGGACAGAGGCGUGUGUUAGAUGAUGCAACACGCCAGCGGAGGUUAAAUCGCCAGCUGGAUGCUUUAGAGAAGGACAACUUCCAGGAUGACCCUCUCUCCUCACUGCCUCCCACCGGUCCUACCGCCCGCCUACCUGCCUUUAGCGAAGGCGACGAACCUGGUAAGAAGAAGAGGAAAACUAGAGGCGAUCACUUCAAACAGAGAUUCCGCAAAAACUUCCAGACUCUACUAGAAGAGGAGAACGUGUCUGAGAGGGAGGAGCCUAACUACCUGUCGGCUGCAGCCCCUCCUUCCUCGCUCCCCCCUCGUCUGUUCUGCUCAGUCUGUGGAUUUCCCUCGCCCUACACCUGCUGCUCCUGUGGGGGGCGCUACUGUUCCACACGCUGCCUCACAACCCACAGAGAGACCAGGUGUCUGAAGAUGACUCUGUAGCUGCUAAUCUGAUCAUAUUUGGUCAUGCUCACAGAAUUUGGAUGGUAAACUCAUCCACCUGUAGCUAUCUAGAAUGUUACAACAAUACAGGAACGGCACCACGGAGAAUUACUAGUGUACCCGAACAUUGCUACAAUGUCUCCCCAGAGAUGCUAUGGAGAGAAGGCUACCAGAGAACGAUGGGGAACACUGCUAGAACGUUACAGCAUGCACACAGUGGCAUAGCACUGUGAAGUUAGUGUUGUGGAGUAAGACCUGAAGGGGGGGGGGGACAGGAAGGAGAGGGAUGGGUUUGUGUCGGAUGGUGUGUAGUAAGGGGGUAUCUUGGGCCCAUGCAUAUGUCUCUGUCUGUCUGUCUGUCCUGCUGUGAUGAUUCAUUAAACAUGUUUAGAUAUGA